GAAAAACCGUCAAAUAUGGAUGUGUUGAAUCCAGCAUGUGCUGCCCAGAGUGUGGGUCCAGCAAAUCAACUAUUUGGGCUUCUCGUUCAAACCAUUUUAGCGGCACAAUGUGCUAUUUCACCAAAAGAUAUGUGGCCGAAAGACUUUGGACCUACGGCCCUUGAACAAGGAUUGAAUGAACCAUUUGAUUUCAUCAUUGUUGGUGCAGGUUCAGCAGGUAGUGUUGUGGCAAGUCGUUUGAGUGAGAAUCCAAAUUGGAAGGUUUUAUUAUUAGAAGCAGGCGGCGAUCCACCAAUUGAAUCUGAGAUACCAUUAUGGUACUUUCACCUUCAAAAUACGGAAUACGAUUGGAAAUUCAGAACCGAGCCAAGUGAAACAGCUUGUCGCAGUGUUAAAGGUGGUGGUUGUUUUUGGCCAAGAGGCAAGAUGUUAGGCGGUUCACAUGGUUUGAAUGGGGCUAUCUAUUUACGUGGACACAAAUCAGACUUUGAUGAAUGGCAAAGUAUGGGCAACACAGAUUGGGGUUGGGAUUCGGUUUUAGAAUAUUUCAAAAAGUCCGAAACAAAUGCAAAUCGUUCGUUUGUUGAACAUCAAAAUGGCGAGUGGCACAGUGACAAAGGUGAGAUGGGUGUCGAUCAUUAUGACCAACCGGAGCCGAUUCGUCAAGUGUUCAUUGAUGCGGCAAAGGAAUUUGGCUACGAUUUUAUGCACGAUCUUAAUGCUGAUUUAAGUUUGGGCUAUGCAAACACUCAAGGAACAUUAAAAAACGGUGAACGUCACAGUACAGCCAAAGCAUUUUUGGUGCCUGCGAAAAAUCGAAAAAAUUUGCAUGUAAUUAAAUACGCACACGUUCAACAAAUUCACAUUGAUUCAUCGAAUAAAGUCACAAGCAUUGAGUUCAUCUACAAAAAUGAGCAUAAAUUCAUUGCGAAAGCGACAAAAGAAACCAUUUUAUCGGCUGGAAGCAUUGGUACACCACAAUUGCUUUUGCUCUCUGGAAUCGGUCCCAAAGAGCAUUUGAUGGAGCUGGGAAUUCCAGUUAAACAAGAUUUGCCUGUUGGAAAAAAUCUCCAAGAUCAUUUGAUUGUUCCCCUUGUUUUUCAAUUUAACAAGUUGACUGCACAACCAGAACCACCCACCGAAUUCUUAGAUAAUCUAUACAACUAUCUUAUUCAUAGAAAAGGCCCAUUGGCCGGAAUUGGAACAGCUAAUUUAGUUGGUAUGAUCAAUACCGUCAAUCAUAGUGGAUAUCCUGAUGUUGAAUUACAAAUUGUCAAUGAAAGAAAACAAUCGGAUUUUUUGAAAAAAUUACUACAUGCAAUAGAUUAUGAAGAAAGUGUGAUAAAACCGUUGCUUGAUGCAAAUAAUGAGGGCGAAACUAGUUUUGUUUACGUUGAAUUACUGCGACCAAAAUCAAGUGGCGAGAUUCUAUUGCAAAGCACCGAUCCAAAUGAUGCACCACGAAUUCUGCCGAACUAUUUGGGCGAUAAACGUGAUGCGGAUACAUUAAUUCGAGGCCUUCAAUUCCAAGCAAACUUCGUCAAUACUGAAUCAUUCAAGCAGAAUGACGGCGUUUUAGUUCGAAUUCCAUUCGACGAUUGUGACAAACACGAAUAUCAAUCGUACGACUAUUGGAAGUGUUACAUAAGCCACAUGGGAACAACUGUUUAUCAUCCAACAUCUACAGCAAAAAUGGGGUCAGAUUCAGACAAGAAAGCCGUUCUCGAUGGCUCGUUAAGAGUCAGAGGAAUCAAAGGAUUACGCGUCAUUGAUGCUUCUGCGUUACCAACUCUAGUGAGUAGCAAUCCAAAUGCGGUUGUUAUUAUGGUCGCCGAAAAGUCCGUUGAUAUCAUUCGCAAUAAAUGGAUGAAGGCGGAAAACACUGAAUUAUGAUCCAAAAGAGAAAAUAAUAUAUUUUGAGAGUUUACAAUUUAUCCCUUCUAAUAAAAAAGUCUUUGAAAAUGUAAAACUUUC